AUGGAGUUAAGAAACUUGACCAUGGGCAAUGGCUUCAUCUUAGUGGGCAUUCUGGAUGACAGUGGCUCUCCUGAACUGCUCUGUGCCACAAUCACAGCCCUGUACAUGUUGGCUAUGACCAGCAAUGGAGUGCUACUCCUGGUCAUCACUAUAGAUGCCCGGCUCCACGUGCCCAUGUAUCUCCUGCUUGGACAGCUGUCUCUCAUGGACCUCCUCCUGACAUCAGUUAUCACUCCAAAGGCUGUCAUGGAUUUUCUGCUCAAAGACAACACCAUCUCCUUUGGAGGUUGUGCCCUCCAAAUGUUUCUAGAACUGGCACUGGGUAGUGCAGAGGACCUCCUUCUGGCCUUUAUGGCUUAUGACAGGUAUGUGGCCAUUUGUCAUCCUCUAAAUUACAUGAUCUUCAUGAGACCAAGCAUCUUCUGGUUCAUAGUAGGUACUACAUGGAUCCUGGCAUCAGUCAUAGCCUUAGUAUUUACUAUGUACACUAUGCACUAUCCGUUCUGUAAAUCCCAGCAGAUCAGACACCUGUUCUGUGAGAUCCCUCCAUUGUUGAAGCUAGCCUGUGCAGACACCUCCACAUAUGAGUUGACAGUUUAUUUGACAAGUGUUUCUGUGUUGAUUCUCCCUCUUGCUGUUAUUCUGGCCUCCUAUGUACGCAUUCUAUUUACUGUAUUCAACAUGCCCUCAAAUGAGGGCAGGAAGAAAGCCCUUGUCACCUGUUCUUCUCAUCUGAUUGUUGUUGGGAUGUGGUACGGGGGUUCUUCGCUCAUGUAUGUCCUUCCUAGUCAAUUCCACAGUCCCAAACAAGAUAAUAUCCUCUCCAUUUUCUAUACUGUUGUCACUCCAGCUCUGAAUCCCCUCAUCUACAGCCUGAGGAAUAAGGAAGUCACUGGGGCUUUAAGGAGAACUCUUGGAAGACAGUUAUUGCAAACACAAUCCACUUUCUAG